AAUAUGAUAAGUAAAUACUUUUAAUUGCAUAUAUUGUAAUAUGUAUAUAAUUACUUGAUUCAAAACCAUAUUAGACUUUACUUGCAAAUUUGUAAAGACAUUCAGUUAUAAUAAAAAUUAAUAUUUGCAAGAAUAGAAAUCACUUAUUAAUUAUUAAUAUCCAAUUAAUGUCAUUCAUAAUAAGAUACUUUUUACCAAAAAAAGCUGUACAGCGAUACAAAUUCUAAGUUCUAAAUGUAUCGUCUUCGUAUCAUUAAAAACGUAUGAGAUUACUAACGUAUAAAAAUUGUCCAGCUAUCAAUUUAUUAAAUUUUCGUCGUGAAUUAACUGACAACGCUUUUUGCGCGAGAUUUAUAGGCAACAAUAUGCAAAAGAAUAAUCUAUUGAUAAGAUCUCGUAAAAUAUUGACUUCUUAUUGCGAGUUCACGAAAUUUCGAAAAACGACUUUCAUUACGUAUCACUCUUAAACUAAUUAAAUUAAUAAACAAUUCUGAAUAGGAUUGCUUACAAACCGUCGCACGUCAGUGUAAUUGAGACACUGAAGAUAAUUAAUUCUUCAUAAAUGCCAUAAUAAUUAUAACAAAAAUUCUGUUGCGACAAAUAUUUAACGCUCAAUUGUACGAAAUAAAAUGUUUAGACUAUGCUAUAGAUUUUUACAGAUAGAAAUAUCUCUCAGCUGUCGUUAUGUUGGUCAAACAUUUAUAAAAAUAAAUGUUUAUGUGGAUUGUAUGACGUCUUUCUACAUUCUUUAGUUAUAACUCCUCUCUCCUAUUUGUUUUUAUACUUCGCACAUAUGUCCUUCUGGCCCUCGCAUCUUUUAUUGGGGGUAACAAUAUAUAAGUAAUGUAACACGAACACCACAGUCGAUGAACUUGUGCGCGAUUGAUCACAAGAAUGAUUCGAGUGUGCGUCUACGUAGCGUUCGUCGCCGCCGUUGUCACGGCUAGUCCAGUUAACCAAACAUGCCCGGGUCCAUUGGCGUAUUACAAUGACCUCGGUUGCAAGCCGGUGUACGCAAAACUGCCGAGUGGCCAGUACGCACAGUGCCCGAAAAGAUACAAUUGUGAACAUAUGAGAAGGAGAUCUAAGAAUCAGUGUUACAUCAACGGUCACAGUUACUUGCCCGGCCAAACCCUUCGACAGGAAGAUUCGAACGUUUGCGACAAUUGCGUUUGCAAACGUGGACGGAAUCAUGAUAGCAUUGCUGCGUUUGAAUGCACCACCGUUCAGUGUAACAUGAAAGAGAUUAGAGCUAAUAAUAAUUGUUAUACACGAAGAAACCCAACAAAAUGUUGCGAAGAAGUAGAAAUUUGUCCUAAAAAACUAAGCGACAGAGCUAUUUGUAAUGUAAACGGUGAUAUAUAUUUUGAUGGUCAUAUUUUCGACGUAGAGAACCACCCCGAGUUAGAUUGUGUCUGCCAGCCAGGUUACGAAGGUAAAAAUGUCCUGCCUUUUUGUGCCAGGAAUAACCAUUCCACCUGUUUUCAUCCUGCAUUCAGUCAUAUAAAUUAUUUUGGUAAAAAAUGUGCUCCAGUUUUCUAUAGUGAUGACACUAAUUGUAUCAUAUUUAUGAAUUGCCAGCUCCCUGAUGAUGAUGUUAUUUCUAGUGCUAACGACUAUAUUAAGCGGUUAAAUAUAAGUGAUACGUGCAAAUACGGUACUCUGAAAUUGCAAUAUGGCGAUAGACUGAAAACAACGCAUUGUAUGGAAUGCAUAUGCGAUACACCACCUGUGUUGAGUUGCGAUCUUGCAACAGACGAGUGUGAUUAUAAACCUCGUUUUGUUAACUCUUAUGAGUAUAAUUAUGAUAAGGAUGACUUUUAGGGAUAAAGUUUAUAAUCGAUUAGUAAUUACUUUUAUUGCAUAUAUUGUAAUAUUCAUAUAUGGUGUGGUUAUUACUUGAUUCAAAACGAUAUUAGACUUUAUUUGCAUAUUUGUAAAUAUAUUCAAUUAUAAUAAAAAUUAAUAUUUGCAAGAA